AGGAUGUUUGUGUUGCUUUACGUUACAAGCUUUGCCAUCUACACAAGCGAACAACCUCUUCAAAGCCAGUUCAAAGGAGAGAAUUACUACACCAGAUACAUUUGUAGCAUCCCCGGGUUGCCAGGCCCCGUGGGUCCCCCUGGAGCUAACGGGUCCCCAGGGCCACACGGACGCAUUGGUCUUCCAGGAAGAGAUGGCAGAGAUGGCAGGAAGGGAGAAAAAGGUGAAAAAGGGAGCGCAGGUUUAAGAGGAAAAACUGGGCCAUUAGGACCAGCUGGAGAGAAAGGAGACCAAGGCCAGUCUGGUAAAAAAGGACCUGGAGGACUGGCUGGUGCCAAAGGUGAAGUAGGUCCAGCUGGACCACCUGGACCUAAGGGAGAUAAAGGAGACCGAGGAGAGCCAGGUGCACCAGGGGUCUGUAAGUGUGGACAGAUCGUGUUGAAAUCUGCCUUUUCUGUUGGCAUCACCACCAGCUACCCUGAGGAAAGAUUACCGAUUGUGUUCAAUAAAGUCCUCUUCAAUGAGGGUGAGCAUUACAACCCUUCCACAGGGAAGUUUAUUUGUGCCAUCCCAGGGAUUUAUUAUUUUUCUUAUGAUAUCACCUUGGCAAACAAGCACCUUGCGAUUGGGCUGGUUCACAACGGGAAGUACCGGAUAAAGACAUUUGAUGCCAACACAGGAAACCACGACGUAGCUUCUGGAUCUACAGUCAUCUACCUUCAGCCAGAAGAUGAAGUAUGGCUCGAGAUCUUCUACGCUGACCAGAACGGUCUCUUUUCAGAUCCAACAUGGGCAGACAGCUUGUUUUCUGGAUUUCUCUUAUAUGUCGAUACAGAUUAUCUCGAUGCUUUAUCAGACGAAGAUGACCUCUGA